AUGUCUUUCGGUGGCUUCGGAGGAUUUGGACAAAACACCCAGCAGAGCUCUGGCUUCGGCGCCGGCUCUGGCUUUGGUAGUACAACUUCUGGAGGAGGCUUUGGAUCCACCUCGUCCCCUUUUGGUGGCGGUAACACAUCAGGCGGUGGCUUGUUUGGAAACACCUCCAGUAGCUUUGGUUCCGGCGGAGGCUUUGGAACCAAUACACAAACCCAACAGAACUCGCUAUUCGGGGGCCAAAAUCGCACUGGCGGUUUUGGCACUGGCACAACAACCGGUGGUAGUCUCUUCGGCGGCGGAACUUCCACCACGGGCGGUACUGGAUUUGGUGGCUUCGGUUCGACAGGCACUACAGGAACCACUGGAGGCUUUGGAAGCACUGGAACAACUGGUGGUGGACUGUUCGGCAACAAACCUGCUGGGGGCUUUGGCACCUCCACCACCACCACCGGUACUACUGGUGGCUUCGGAACAGGAGGCGGUUUCGGAGGCGGUACUGGCUUUGGCGGUGGCACAGGAACUGCAUUUCAACAGGCAGUGCCCCCCUGUGAGGGAACCGGUAGCACUCCAUUCAGCCCCUUCACGGAGAAGGAUAGCAGUUCCAAUGUGACCAACCACUAUCAAAGUAUCUCUUUCCAGCAACCAUACAGCAAAUAUUCCUUCGAGGAGUUACGAUUGGGUGACUAUAAUCAGGGUCGCAGGUUCGGAAACGGAAGCGGACAGGCCGGGGCUUUUGGAACGUCAGCUUUCGGUGGAUCCGGUUUUGGGGCGCAACCGUCUUCUGGAUUUGGUAGUACGUCUUCGCCAUUUGGCGCCAGCACCAGCGCGCCAUCCGGGUUUGGCACGACCCAGACUACUGGCGGAUUUGGCUCUACCUCCACUAACCCUCUGUUUGGAGCAGCCAAACCAGCGACCUCCCUCUUCGGAGGAGGAACCUCCACAACGUCUCAGCCCAGCCUGUUCGGCGGUACCACUGCCACGACUGGCGGCUUUGGUUCAACGCAAACUGGAACAACUGGUUUCGGAACGGGGACAGGAACGGGAGGCUCUUUAUUUGGUGGCAGCACUCAACAGCAAGCUAAGCCUUUGUUCGGCGGAGGUACUGGCACCGCUACAACUGGUACGGGCACCGGGUUCGGCGGAUUCGGCACGCAGAAUACCAGCACGGCCAGUCCGUUCGGUGGUACUGCCGCGACCUCCUCGCCAUUUGGCGGUCAGCAGCAGACUGGCGGUACGGGAGCGUUUGGUGGGUUUGGGCAGCAGAAUCAGGCUCAGAACCAGACGCAGAACAAGGGAUUGUUUGGCGGUUUCGGCACGACCACCCAACAGCAGCCAUCUUCUGGCACCGGUCUUUUUGGUGGCGGUACAACUGGUACCACAGGCACUUCCCUGUUCGGUCAGAACACUCAACAGCCUCAGCAGCAGACCACAGGUGGUGGGCUUUUUGGGGGUAAUACCCAGCAAACCGGAACAAGUUCUCUUUUCGGCGGCAAUCAACAGCAGGGCCAAAAGAGCCUGUUUGGCGGGGGAACGACUGGCUCUGGUACAGGCACUAGCGCAUUCGGAGGUUUUGGAGGGACCCAGAAUCAACAGACAGGUACAGGCGGUCUGUUUGGUGGUGGCCAAGCUCAGCAGCAGCAGAAGCCCAGCCUCUUCGGUGGCAGCACUGGUACCGGUAGCUCUCUGUUCGGGGGCCAAGCUACAACUGCUCAAACCACGGGUUCUUCGCUCUUCGGCAACACUCAGGGCCAACAACAACAGACUGGCCUCGGCACGAGUAGCCUCUUCGGUACAACCCAGCAGGCACAGCCACUGCAACAGCAGCAGGCACAGCAGCCUGUUCCUGGAAGCCUGCAGGCUUCUUUGCUCGAUGGCAAUCCGUAUGGCAACCAGUCCAUCUUCUCUGGCUUGCCAGCUCCUAGUGCUCCAAGCCCUGGCCCCCUGGCCACACCACUCUCUUCGUCGAUCAAGCAAAAGCAGCGCACUCCACUGCCCGUCUACAAGAUUACUCCAACUGCGGCGAAUCGUCUUAUCACACCCCCAAAGCGCCAGGGAUACGGAUUUUCCUACUCCACUUACGGAUCACCCUCCAGCACUACUAGCACCCCUACUGGCCUGGGCAGCAGUCUCUUGGGCGGCAGCCUUCGCGGAAGUGUUGGUGGCAGCCUUGGACGGGGUAGCUUUAGCAAGAGCUUUUCAACAAGCAACCUGCGCAAGACCUUCGACCCGGAGACCGACAGUGUCUUGUCCCCCGGUGCACUUUCUGGUACUUCUCGCUUGUCCAGUGGAAGCCUGAAGCGCUUGACCAUCGAUCGGUCCUUGCGCAACGACCUGUUUGCACGUCCCGCAAGCACCCCCGCAGCUCCUAUCACUAAUGGCGAGGAUGCUACUCAGACGACCGACAAACUGAAGAAGCGAGUGAGCUUCGAUGCUUCAUCUUCAAAGGCUCCUGAAGCAACCACUGGUGGAGAAAUCGUUCCUGUUGCAUCCGAGAGCCCGGAACCUACCCCGGAGGAGCUUGGAUUCUUGCGCUCGAUUCGCAAGCCUGGAAGCGUCAACGGAAUUAACGGCGUAAAGGCGUCUACUGACAUGGUUGCCCGUCCGGAGAUGGAAUCUGUUCGUAGCAAAGAUCUGCCCGUUGUUCCAGAAGACUCUGAGCAUGCUGCCACCGACCGCUCCAACAAAAUUCCCUUCGUUCCUGGCAGUGACCCCAAACCUGGCGAGUAUUGGAUGAAACCAUCCCGUGCCGAGCUCAGUAAGAUGAGCCGUGAAGACCUCAAGCAUGUUGUUGGCUUCACUGUUGGCCGUCAACGUUGUGGUCAGGUAACUUUUGAUGAGCCUGUCGAUCUGACGACCAUCGACCUGGACCAGAUUUUCGGUGGGCUUGUGGAAAUCGGCGUGCGUAAGAUCACGGUGUACCCUGACGAAGCAAUUAAGCCUCCAAUGGGCAAGGGUCUGAACGUGCCAUCAAUUCUACGGAUAGAAAACUCGUGGCCAAGAGGCAGGGACAAGAAGUCACCUUCACCCCUCACAAGCGGGCCCCUCUUCGAGAAACACGUCGACCGUCUGAGAAAGGUGCACAAUACUGAGUUUAUCAACUACGAAACGGAGACAGGGACAUGGAUCUUUAAGGUCCCCCACUUCACCACCUAUGGCCUUGAUUAUGAUAGCGAGGAUGAAGGUGAGAGCCUCAACCAAAGCACUUUGAGUGCUGCUCCUGACACUCCGACUCCGAAGGCCCAGACUCCCGCCAAUAUCGCGAACACUGUGGGCUCGGAGCCAACCUCCACCUACACAACUGACGACUCCUUUGUUGGAUCUGUGGCCGGGGUCGAGGACGACACUUUCGAUUUCAAGAAGCGCAAGAUGGUUCCGGGGGCGUUUGGUAAUCAAGUAAUGGAAACAAUCGGAGACAAGGACGAGGAUGAGUCUUUUUUAGGGGACGGCUCCACGGGUUCAACUACUGAGCAGGAUGGCGACGAUGUCACCGAGAGCCAGCAGUCUGGCGAUUCAGAUGUUGAAUUCGAUGAAGGUGAGGAAAUGGAUAUGGCGGGCACCUUUCCCAACCUUGAUCAUACCGUGGAGCACGACGAUGCCAACAGUCUGGACAGCUACCUUGACAAUACCCAACCCUCGUUGAGGCCUUGGGAAACUCCCUCAAAGGCGCGUCUGAACCUUAGUGGCGACUGGGCCGAACAGCUGCAGCGGACAAUUAGUCCAAGGAAGCAAAACCGGGAUGCACUACGCGAAAUACAAGCAAAUGCCUUUACAGACCGACCUCUUCACGACGACACGCCGAAGAAAUCUGUUACCGACAACCGACAGAAAGGAUUUGCCACCAGCAUCGAUCUGAUGAACUCUUUGUUCCAGCAGCCGCGUAAGCCGCAGGGGCAAUCUCCUCUCAAGGCGCAGCCGAAAGGUUUUGAGUGGCCUUAUAGCAAGCAACCCAAAACCUUCGCUGGCGAAUCGAACGAAUUAAACGAGGACGACCUGGCCUUUCACCACUCCUUCAAGCCGCGCUGGGGCCCAAUGGAUUCAAUUAUUUGCGUCAGGAAUGACAUGGCGGAAGUUUCACCUCAAACAGGUACCCGUUGGGAGGAAAAGCUCUCUGUCACCAGCGAAGAAAGAGACAUCAAGGUGAUGGUGUUUAAGAAAGACAGCGAGCCCCGCGGGAUGGUUGACGCCCAAAGAAAGCAAUCUCACAUUCAACGCGUUGAAGGCAUUCCUUUCGCUCGUCUGGCUAAGGCCGAUUUUGGACAGUUCAUACAGACAUCGCUGAGCUCCACACAAUCGGACCAGGAAAGACUCAUCUGGCAGCUGGCCAACAUCUUGUUCAACGAUGAGAUCGAAGAUGAUAUCUCUGCUGGGGUGCCGCCUCAACUCCGCUCCAAGUGCCUCCAACGCAUCAAGAAAGACCGACUCAGCCGCCUAUGGGAGAGCAUUGUGCGCGAGAGACACGCUCAUGACCUGGAUAAGAUUGAAUCUUCUGAGGAACGAGCUGUCCACCUAUUGUGUUCUCACCGAGUCGAAGAGGCGUGCAAAGUCCUGAUUGCGGGCCAAAAUCUUCAUCUGGCUACAUUGGUCUCGCAAAUCGGUCGAGAUGCUACAACCAGAUCAGACAUGGCGAGACAGAUUGAGAUGUGGCGCCAGCACAACGUCUAUUCCGAGAUGACCGAACCGAUCCGAGCUCUGUACGAGCUUCUCGCUGGCAACUCCCUCCGCAGUGAGGGCAAGUCCGGUGGCGCCUUGGAGGAUCGUGCAUCUACAUUUUCCUUCACUGAGCGAUUCGAGCUGGACUGGUUCCAAGCAUUUGGUCUUCGUUUGUGGUAUGGUAUUGCCGAUGACGAGCCUAUCGAAAAGGCCGUUCUGAAAUUCGCCAAAGAAUUGAGCAGCGGGGACGAAUCUGCGUUUCCUUACCCUGCAUCUCACCUGGAGGGAGAUGUUAUGUCGCGUGCCGCAUCGGACACUCUGGGUCGGGAAUCUCCUCUCUGGGUCCUAUUAAAGGUCUACUCGGGUACUACUGCUGCUGCCAAGAGUUCUGAUUUGCCAGCAAUUGAACUCCCGGCUGCCCUGCUUCCUGAGUCUGUCACGGGUGACAAACUCUCUAACCGGUUACCGUUCCAGCUGUAUCAGCUACUCACGGCCAGUGUCGGACAACAUGACAAUUUCAAGAUCAACGCGUUGCGGGCUGACCAAUUGGCGUGGGAUUACGCUUGGGAGCUUCGGUCUAGUGGGGAGCUUGGGCAAGCACUGUUUGUUCUGCUCCAUCUCUCUCAAGCGUCGGAUCGUGAACGUGCUGUCAAGGAAACAUUGGCACGCUUCGCAUCCUCCUUACCCGACCCAGUGACUGUAGAGGGCGCACCAGAUGCCACCUGGCAGUAUCUCACCACGGAGUUGCAGCUUCCCGAGGCCUGGAUCUGGGGUGCGAAGGCUUUGUUUGCUCGUGAUAGUGGCGAUGCCGCCCGAGAGGUGGAUUGUCUCAUCCGUGGUAAGAACUGGAAUGAUGCGCACUCCACUUUCUGCCGCGUCGCGGGACCAACUGCGGUUAUUGAACGGGACUACGCCACUCUAGAGGCAUUGAUUUCGGGCUUUGGCGAGGGACCGGAACGCAAGGUCCAAGGCUGGGCGAGUGGCGGUGGGAUUUACGACGAUUUCCUGCGCCUUGUCACCGCCAAGAAUGGAAAGCGUGACCCUAGUCGGCUGAGCCGCUUGGUCAAUGCGCUUGUAACCAUUGGUGAGACGAUUGACAAGGGGUCUGGAGUGGAAGGGUUGGAGGCUAGAGUCGCCUUCAAAGAAAUAAGCCGAGCCGCCGCCAGUUGGACUACACGUGAGGACGUCAACGCAAUCGAGUUGUCCUCUGUGCUGAACCUACCUCUCACUGGCGAUGCUCGCAUCAUGCAGACAGCAGAGAUGAGUCGGAGGUACUACAGUACUAUCAUGGCUGGAGGUUAUUAG